UCGUCACCUGCAGAGAUGGUUGACUUUCGUAUUAUGAACAUUCUACAACAGCUAGCGAAGUUUUGUUUUCCCAGUAGAGUUUCUAUUGAACUAGUCUCCGAGCAUAAUCGUCCUGACUUUACGCGUAAGCACCUGGUCAUGGCUGAUAUUACGUAUUCCAGUGUGGACAACGAUGUAGCCGACAUUCUGAAUAAGCGUUUCGUUACCAGCUUUCGGAAUGGAUACAUUAAAGCUAACGAUGUCGUGUUGCCCGUGUACUUCAAGAAGUUCGGACAGCGUAUACAGGACAUGGAAAUCAGAGACGAUGACAUUUGGGUCUGCAGUUAUCCGAAAACAGGAACCACGUGGUGUCAGGAGAUGACUUGGUGUAUUGCAAACGAUUUGGACUUUGAAGGUGCCAAACAAUUUUUACCCGAAAGAUUUCCAUUUUUAGAUCAUACACCACUAUUUGACUAUGAAAAAGUGUUGCCGGAAAAACCAGACCUCAAACUGCCGUUGUAUGUGUCCGAUUCAAUCACGUACAUAAAUGAAUUAAAAUCUCCGAGAUUUAUCAAGACUCAUUUGCCUUACAAGCUCCUACCAAAAAAACUUAGAGAUCAAAGUACCAAAGCAAAAAUUGUUUACGUGGCUAGAAACCCAAAAGACACUUGCCUUUCAUAUUUUCACCAUUGUUGUUUGUUAGAAGGAUAUACUGGCAAUUUUGAUGAUUUUUGUAAAUUGUUUACCUCAGAUUCCAUCUGCUUCAGUCCAUUUUUCGACCACAUUCUUGGCUACUGGGACCGAAAAGAUGAUUCGCAAGUACUUUUUUUGAAGUACGAAGACAUGAAACAGGACCUACGUUCAGUAAUUCGUCGAACAGCUAAAUUUUUGGGCAAAGAUUUGAUUGACGACCAGGUGUUGGUUUUAGAAGAUCAUCUAAGUUUCGAAAGCAUGAAAAACAAUAGAGCAGUCAAUUAUGAGCCUGUUAUUGAGAUUAAUAAAACCCACAAUUUAAUUGACGCUAAUGGAAGUUUUAUGAGAAGUGGUACAGUGGGAGGAGGAAAACAAAAAAUGUCACCAGAGUUUGUAAAAAUUUUUGACGAAUGGGAGGAGAAGUGUUUAGGCAACAGUGAAUUAAAGUUUUAAUGAAAUUAGUUAAGUAUAGUACUUAUGAUACUACUUUUAUCGGUUGUGUUUAUAAAAAAAAAAUUAUUGUGGUGUUAGGAAUUUAAUGUGAACGUAAAUAUAAAACUAAUGAUUUAUUUUAUGCUAUUUGAUUGCACCCAUCAUGGCUAAUUUACUCAACUUUGUAAACGUUUAUUUUAUAAGAUUAAUUGCUGAAUAGUUGAUUCACUUUUCAAAGCUCAUUAAAUCGUUAAUUCGUAUUCAUUUUAACCAUUUAUUUAAUAACAUAUAUAGUAUUUAUACAAUUUUAGUCUGAUAUAAAAAAAAAAAAUAAUAAUAAUACGACACUCAAAUGCAAUCAACUAUAGAAAGUUUAUUUUUAGUAACAUUUUUCAAUUAUAUGAAUAAUGCGUUUUAAUUUUUAUUUAAUUUGUAAGCAUAAUAAUAAAGAUUAAUUUUUAAAAAAUAUGUUUAAUGGAAACGACCAGUCAAUAACACAAAAUUAUCUACACCAAUGUCAUCACUAAUCUCAUUCAUUACCCAGUUAUCGUUUUGUGUUUAACUUUUUUUAAUAUCCAUACCUAAAUUUAUUAUCAUAAUUCACAAUCAUAUAUAAUGUUGAAUUUAAUAAUAUAAUAUUUACGUACAACGUUGUGUGCAUGAUUAAAAAACAUUGUUUAUACGUAGUUCUUAUUAUUUGAAUAUUUGUAAACUAAGAGGGAUACAACAAUUUUUUUUUAAUAUUUAGUGUCAAAGUUAUCAAUUUGUCUCAAAAGCAAAAUCUGUCCCUUUGAAAUUGUAUAAUAUUGCUAAAAGAAAAAUUAUAAACAAAAAAAAACAUAUUAUACUAUCGACUAUCAUAGACACGCACGAGUAUGUAGAUAGAGGUAUGGCGGUAUGUAUCCAAUAUCUAUAUUAUGUAUAUUAUGAAGAACCUAUAGUAAUAAAUUAUUAUAAAAUAUA